AUGUUAGCCGUCAAUGUGGAGGGUACCAAGAACGUCAUUGAAGCUUGCAAACAGUCUGGUGUCCAGCGAUUGGUGUAUGUGUCAUCAGCAAGCGUUGUCUUCGAUGGCAGCCAUAUGAUUGAUGUUGAUGAAACAAAGCCGUACCCGAGCAAAUUUACCGAUUUUUACUCCAAGACAAAAGCGGAUGCCGAGAAGCUUGUUCUAGCUGCUAAUCGCGAAUCUCUAAGAACUUGUGCUAUUAGACCCAGUGCAAUCUUUGGGGAACGCGAUCCAGCUUUAGUUCCAAGGCUUGUCGAAGCAGGGCGCGGAGGGAAGACCAAAUACAUCAUCGGGAAUGGAAAGACAAUGUGGGAGUUCACGUACGUCGGCAACGUAGCUGACGCAUGCAUGAAAGCUGCGGAACAUCUCACUAUCGGUAGCCCCGUUGCGGGGCAGGCAUACUUCAUUACGAAUGAUGAAACGACGCUGUUCUGGGAACAAUGCGGAGUCAUCCUUGGUGGGCUAGGAUAUCCAGUUCCUGCGACAAAGAUUCCAUUUGCGGUAUGUUUCUUCAUUGCGGUUUUGCUUGAAGUCAUACUAUUCAUUCUCUCUCCAAUUUACAAGCCCCGGAAGCCACCGACGUUUUCAAGGCAGCGAGUUUCUUUACUCACAUCACAUCGAAAGAUAUCUUGCGAGAAAGCCAAGAAAGACUUCGGAUAUACACCAAAGGUUUCCAUGGAAGAAGGAAUGAAGAGAACUAUUAACUUCUUUAAACCUCUCGCGAAGGACGCAAAAUCUGCAAAGAGUGAAUAGCAAGGGGUCUGCGCGCUUUUCGCAUGAUUAAAGCGUGCCUUGCUCCCCAUAACUUUAGCGUACCCCUUCUCUGCAUCUACUGGCCGUGAACAAAUGCAAUGAACCGCACACUUCUACGACCUAUUUCUUUCUGAAAAGCACUUGCGUUUAUAGUCGUGAGCGAUAGCCUCCUAAAAACCUGCCGAACAGGUAAGCCUUGCCGCAAA